GAAGAACUUUUAUAUUGUUUUAGUGUUGUUUAAACUUUCAAUGUGAACGGUUGCGAAAUAAAAUUUUCAAUUCAGCUCUAAAUUGAACAUUCUAAAAGAAGAAAUAUUUGUAUUACCAACAUGGUUUUUAUCGAAUUGGGACUUGUGUCCGUGCUACUCCUGUACAUUUUCUACAAAUGGGCAACACUUACAUUCAACACAUUCAAAGAGCGUGGAGUACCUUACGAAGAACCUUGGCCCUUAACUGGCAACGCCGGGGCGGUAGUAUUAAAUAAGGAAGGCUUUAAUAAGACUGUGUUGAAAUUUUAUCAGCGCAACCGCAAUCAUGACAUUGUCGGUUUUUAUAAUUUUCGCUCGCCAAUUUUUAUGGUUCAGAAUCCAGAUUACAUAAAAAAGAUGACCGUGAAGGACUUUGAUUUUUUUGUAAAUCAUGUUCCGUUUUUUAAAUCCGAAGAUGAUCCCCUUAUUAAUGGAAUGCUGACCGUGAUGAAGGAUCAGCGUUGGAAAAAUAUGCGCAACACACUUUCACCCAUAUUUACCGCCGCCAAGAUGCGCGCCAUGUUUAGCUUGAUGAACGAAUGUUUCAAUGAGAGUUUAAACCGCUUAAGGGAAGCAACUAAGGGUGGCAAAAGUCAUGAUGUAGAACUCAAAGGUUGGUUCACACGCUUGUCUAAUGAUAUUAUCGCCUCCACUGCAUUUGGCUUGAAAGUCAAUUCGUACGAAGAUCAGAAUAAUCGAUUCUACUCAAUCGGCCAAGGCAUCGUCAAUUUUCGCGGCAAACAAAUGCUAAAGUUCUUUAUCGCAAACACAAUGCCAUUAUUACAAAAAAUCCUGGGUUUUAAAGUAUUCGACGCCGAAAAAACAGAUUAUUUUAAACGUUUAGUUAUAGACACAAUGAAAUAUCGACAAGAGAAUAAAAUCCACAGACCGGAUAUGAUUCAGUUAUUGAUCGAAGCCAAACAGGAGUCGGAUGAAAAUUGGUCCGAUGAUGAUUUAGUGGCACAGUGCUUUAUUUUCUUUUUCGCCGCGUUUGAAAAUAAUGCCAAUUUUACUGCGGCAAUCUGUCAUGAGCUGAUGGAAAAUUCUGAUGCGCAAGAACGUUUAUACGAAGAGGCACUAGAGGUGCGUGAGGAACUUAACGGAAAACCCUUAACUUACGAGGCAGUGAUGAAAAUGAAGUACAUGGACAUGGUCACUUCGGAAACAUUACGCAAAUGGUCCUUUGCAGGCAUGAUUGAUCGCUUAUGCUCCAAAGAUUACGAUCUUACCGACGACGAUGGGAAUGUUGUCUUUAAAUUUAAAGCUGGCGACUAUGUGGGGUUUCCGGUGGUGGGAUUGCAUAACGACGAAAGAUACUUUGAAGAUCCCAGCUCAUUUAAUCCCGAACGUUUCAAUGAUGAAAAUAAACAAAAUAUUAAGACUUACACUUAUUUGCCUUUUGGUGUAGGGCCGCGAAUGUGCAUUGGUAAUCGAUACGCAUUGAUGCAAGCCAAGGCAAUGAUGUACUAUCUGAUAUUGGAUUUCAAACUCGAACGAUCUCCGAAAACGGUGAAGAAUAUUAUGGAAGAUGUUCGUGGGUUCCAAAUCAAUCCUAUUGGUGGAUUUUGGGUUCGUAUAGUACCUCGGGAUCCAUGCGAUAUUGUCGGGUUCUACAAUUUUCGUUCUCCUGUAUUCGUGGUACAAAAUCCCGAUUAUAUCAAAAAGAUGACUGUAAAAGAUUUUGAUUUCUUCGUAAACCACACACCGUUUUUUAAAGCCGACGACGAUCCUCUCAUUAACGGAAUGCUGACUGUAAUGAAGGAUCAACGCUGGAAAAAUAUGCGCAACACACUUUCUCCGAUCUUUACCGCCGCCAAGAUGCGCGCCAUGUUUAGUUUGAUGAACGAAUGUCUGAAUGAAUGUUUAGGAAGGCUUCGUGAUGCGACCAAAGGUGGAAAGAGUCACGAUAUAGAACUCAAAGGUUGGUUUACGCGCUUGUCAAAUGAUAUUAUUGCCUCAACUGCAUUUGGUUUGAAGAUCAAUUCUUAUGAGGAUAAGAACAAUGAGUUCUACAUGAUCGGACAAUCGAUUUCAAAUUUCCGCGGCAAACAAAUGCUCAAAUUCUUUGUUUCUAAUACAAUGCCCAUUGUACAAAAGAUCCUGGGGUAUAAAAUAUUUGAUACCGAUAAAACGGAUUACUUCAAACGACUAGUUAUAGACACAAUGAAAUAUCGACAAGAGAAUAAAAUCCAUAGGCCGGAUAUGAUCCAGUUAUUGAUCGAAGCCAAACAGGAGUCCGACCAAAACUGGUCUGACGAUGACAUUGUAGCACAAUGCUUUAUUUUCUUUUUCGCCGCUUUUGAAAAUAAUGCCAAUUUCACCUCGGUAAUCUGUCAUGAGCUAAUGGAAAAUCCUGAAGUACAAGAACGAUUAUACGAAGAGGCACUAGAGGUGCGUGAGGAACUUAACGGAAAACCUUUAACUUACGAGGCAGUGAUGAAAAUGAAGUACAUGGACAUGGUCACUUCCGAAACAUUACGUAAAUGGAAUCUUGCUGGAUUUACAGAUCGCUUGUGCUCUAAGGAUUACGACCUCACUGAUGAUGAUGGAAACUUGGUAUUUAAAUUUAAAACUGAUGACUAUGUGUGGUUUCCCAUCAUUGGUCUGCACUAUAAUGAAAAGUAUUUCGAGGAUCCCGACGCAUUUAAUCCUGAACGUUUUAGCGAUGAAAACAAAGACAAUAUUAAACCCUUUACGUACCUGCCAUUCGGUGUGGGGCCACGAAUGUGCAUAGGUAAUAGGUAUGCAUUGAUGCAAGCCAAGGCUAUGAUGUACUAUAUGAUAUUGGACUUCAAGUUGGUGCGUUCUCCGAAAACGGUGAAAAACAUAAUGGAUGAUAUACGUGGUUUUCAAAUAAACCCGAUGGGCGGGUUCUGGUUUGCACACUCACUGAUGGCUCUCGUAGAAGUACUAAUUCUUUUGACACUUGUUGUGUUUUUAUUUUACAAGUGGAGUGUUUCUAAAUAUUAUAUAUUUCGUGAUCGAGGGAUACCGCACGACCAGCCAACUCCUUUGAUUGGAAAUUUAGAUACCAAAAUUUUCCUGGGAAAAUCAUCUUUCAUAAAAUUUAUUAUCGAACGAUAUCAAGCUUAUAAAAACAGUAAAAUUUAUGGAAUUUAUUCGAUGCGUGAUUGCAACAUUUACAUUCGUGACUUGGAACUCAUCAAAAAGGUGGGUAUAAAAGACUUUGAUUCAUUCCCAAAUCACAAUUCUGUCGGAGGAGAGAGUGGCGAAACAUUUUUCUCGAAAAGUUUGAUCGUUUUGAAAGAUCAAAAGUGGCGGGAAAUGCGAAAUUGUUUGUCACCCGCGUUCACGGGAAGCAAAAUGCGUUUGAUGUUUACGCUGAUCAACGAAUGUGUGAUUGAAGCGGUUAACUAUAUCACCAGUGAGAUUCAAGCGAGUGGCAAUAACGAUGUGGACAUCGAAAUGAAAGAUUUUUUCACCCGAUUCACAAAUGAUGCUAUUGCAUCCACAGCAUUCGGCAUACGAAUCAAUUCAUUCAACGAUCAAAACAACGAGUUCUAUCGGACCGGAAAAGCGGUUACUGAGUUUACUGGGCUCGUUUUAUUUAAAGCUGUUUUAUUUGGACUUGUUCCGAAAGUGAUGAAGGUGUUACGCAUAAAAUUGUUUGAUGACAAAAUUCUUAAUUACUUCAAUCAUUUGGUAAUUGAUGCUAUGAAAUACCGAAAGGAACACAGAAUUGUACGCCCCGAUAUGAUACACCUAUUGAUGGAAGCUAAACAGCACUAUGAAGAGGAAACAUCGAAUUUGAAGGGAGAACAUGCUGAAUUUACUGAUGAAGACCUUUUGGCUCAGUGUACGCUCUUCUUCGUUGCCGGAUUUGAAACCGUAUCCGCUUGUUUGUGUUUCACAGCGCACGAGUUGCUUGACAACCCCGAAAUUCAAGAUAGACUUUACUUAGAGAUUUUGCAUACGCAAAAUUCACUGGACGGAAACCCCUUAAACUACGAUUCACUUAUGAAGAUGAGGUAUAUGGAUAUGGUUAUAUCGGAGUCUUUGCGAAAAUGGCCUCCAGUAACCAUAACAGAUCGUAUUUGUUCUGCGGAUUAUAGUCUUAAGGAUGACGAAGGAAGUUUUAUUGCUAAAAUUAAGAAAGGAGACAAUAUAUUUGUACCCAUAAUUGGCAUUCAUCGUGAUCCCGAAUACUAUCCUAAUCCGAACCAGUUUGACCCCGAACGAUUUUCUGAUGAAAAUAAAAGUAAAAUUAACCCAAUGAGCUAUUUACCGUUCGGUGUGGGUCCUAGAAUGUGUAUAGGAAAUCGGCUGGCACUGAUGGAGGUCAAGGCAAUUAUUUACCAUAUUAUCUUGAAUUUUAAAAUUGCGCGGACAGAGAAAACAUGCGAAAACCUAAUGGAGUCCAUUUCCGGAUUCACCUUAAUACCAAAAGAACGCUUUUGGAUGAAAUUGGUUCCAAGGAACUCUUAAAGUUAUUCAUCUUUCUUUUUAUAUGAAUUCCAUUAAAUAUGUCAUUUAAAAUGAUGUUUAUUUGUA